AUGUACAUCUUCGCCCAUCUUUGCUCUUGGGCGGGGGCUGGGCUGGGUCCCAGGUACACCGCCCCCGAUGCGUAUCGCACGCCAACCCCGCGACUGAAUGGAUGCGGAUGCAGACGCGGCCGCGGAAUCAGAUGGGCCAGGGACGCCAACCGCAAUCGCAAAUCGCAAUCUAUCGCCCCGGUGACAGGCAGCGACAGGACACGACACGCGGCGUUAGCGUUACGGCUGGCAUAUAAACCGGGGGCAGCUGGUGCCGGGUGCGCUUCGCUUCUUCUGCUUCCUUUGCUUCCUUCGCCAAAUUUGCUCCCCCCACUCUACACGUACUUGCUUUCUACUUCCACACCACACUCCAUGACGUCGCUUUCCCCGCUGGAUCGGCUUGCGCUCGCAGGCGACGCUGCCAAGCACUGGCUCCACCGCGAGCUCCCCAGCGCGCCCGACGGCCAGUACGACUCCGAGCAUGUCGCGCACCCUGAGCAGGAGGCGAAGAACCGCUCGAUCGUCAGCGAGGGCGUCGCCGAGCUGAACAGGCUCCGGCCAGGCCUCGAGGCGACGGCAAAAGACGCUCUAACAGGCGCGGGCGCGAUAAUAGACGCGGUGCUCCACCCGAAUGCGGUGGACGACCGCAAAGGCGCCUUUACUAUCGCCCUCGAAGUCCUCGCGAACCUCCCGCCCGAACACGUGGCGGCAAAGAAGAUCAGCGACGCUGCAUUAACGCUGCUCUACAACACCAUCCCGCACCCGCCCGCGACGGGCCUCGGUCCGGAACACGCCUGGCGCUCCGCGGACGGGGGCGGGAACAACAUCCUGAGCCCGGACAUCGGGCGGGCGGGCACGCCGUAUGCCCGCAGUGUCCAAAGCCGGACACCGAUCGCGCCGAGCACGCUCCCCGACGCGGGGCUCGUGUUUGACGUGCUGAUGCGGGCACGCGACGUGCAGCACCACCCGGGCGGCAACUCGAGCCUCACCUUUGCAUGGGCGACGAUCGUCACGCACUCGCUCUUCCGCACGGACCCGCGGGAUUGGAGCAGGAAUAAUACCAGCUCGUAUUUCGAUUUGAGCCCGCUCUAUGGGAUUAACCAGGCGACGCAGGAUUUGGUCCGAGAUAGGAAGGCCGGCAAGGGAUUGCUGUACCCGGACGUGUUCUCGGAGGAGCGGCUGACGUUCCUCCCGCCCGCGGCCAGCGCGAUACUCGUGCUGUUUAAUCGGAACCACAAUUAUAUUGCCGAGAAGCUGUUGAAGAUCAACGAGCGCGGGACGUGGGCCGAGCCGCCGCCCACGGACGAGAGCAAGCGGGCGCAGCAGGACGAGGAGAUCUUCCAGAUUGCGCGGCUUGUCAAUUGUGGCCACUUCAUGAGCUUCAUCGUGGGCGACUACGUCGCUGCCUUCUUGGGCGUGUCCGAGGGGAUAACGUCCCCGCUUUUAAACGACGCGUUCAGCCCCAUGACCGACGCGAAAGGCGCCCCGGUCACGCGUGGCGAGGGGAACCAGUGCAGCGUCGAGUUUAACGUGCUCUACCGCUGGCACGCGCUUCUGUCGGAGCCCGACCGCGAAUGGACGACGACGACGUUCGAGCACGUGUUCGGGGACGCCAAGCCGCUCGACGAGCUCACCCUGGCCGACUUCGGCGCGGCGUUCGCGCGCGUAUCCAAGCAGAUCCCGCCCGACCCGCGCCUCCGGUCCUUCGGCGGGCUGUCCCGGGCCGCGGACGGGCGCUUCGCCGACGGGGACAUCGCGAAGAUCCUGCAGGACGCGACGGCGACGCCAGCCGGAUCGUUCCGGGCGCGCGGCGUGCAGAAGGAGCUGAAAGUCGUCGAGGUCCUCGGCAUCGAGCAGGCAAGGCGGUGGGGGGUGUGCACGAUGAACGAGUUCCGCGAGUUCCUGGGGCUGAAGCGGUUUGAGAGCUUUGAGGAGUGGAAUCAUGACGAGGGCGUGGCGGCGGCGGCGCGGCAGCUGUAUGGGCACGUGGACAACCUCGAGCUGUAUGUCGGGCUCGAGUGCGAGGAGAUCAUGCCGCUCCGGCCGGGGGUAAGGCUGUCGUCGGGGUACACGCUCAUGCGCGCGAUAUUGGCGGAUGCGCUCGCGCUGAUACGCGGGGACCGGUUCUUCACGACGGACUUUACGCCGUGGAACCUGACCGCGUGGGGCUUCCAGGACUGCCAGCGGGACCCGCACAACGGCGCGCUCGGCGGACAGAUGUGCAAAUUCCUGACGCGCCACCUCCCGGCGUACUACCCGCCCAACUCGGUGUACAGCUGCUUCCCGUUCUUCACGCCAGAGCACAUGAAGGCGAGCCUGGUCAAGCAGAAGAAGGCGGGCGACUACACGUUUACGCGGCCCGUGCCGCAGCGGCCGGUGGUCGUGGUGGAGACGAUGGAGGGCAUACGGGAGGUGGUCAGGGAUGAGGGGAGGUUCAGGGAUGUGUAUGGGGUCAAAUAUCUUAAAGGCAAAGACCGGAACUGGCUCAUCGACUCGCUCUUCCCCGGCUCACCUAUCGCCGCACAGACGACCUACCUGGCGACGCUGCAGAAGCAGAUCGCGACGCGCAGCUGGGUGUACGACGGCGCGCCGGGGACGUACGUGGACGUGGUGCAGGGCGUGCUGAACCCCGCGGCGGUGCGCUGGGCCGCGGAGCAGCUCUGCGGCAUCCGGCCGAAGACCGCCGCCCACCCGGCCGGCGUGUACACCGAGGCCGAGCUGUUCGACAUGUUCGGCACGCUGUACAGCAGCACGUACCUCGCCGUCGACGACGCCGAGCACGGCUUCGCGAAAGCCUGGGCGGGCGCACGUGCGCGGGAGCUCCUCCUGUGCCGCGUCGAGGAGGCCAUCCGGGGGGUGCUCCCGCACAACGGACACCAUACCAUCGCCGACGCGCUCGCACACGUGACGGAGCUGUUCCACCCCGCGGACCGGAAGCGCCCGUUCGCGGAGUUCGUCGCGCGCCUGGCGGAGGCGCGGCCGCAGGCGGGGGUGGAUGAGUUGGCGGCGGCGGUGCUGGAGCUCGGCGUGGUUUCGUGUGCCACUUAUGCGCAAGCGGCGGCGCAGGUGGUGGACUUUUACCUUGAAGACGCGCAGAUGCAUGCGAGGGAGCAUAUCGUCUCGCUCGUGGGCUCGGCUGAUGUCGGGGACGCGGACAAGGUGCUGCUAGCGUAUGUCCGCGAGGCGCUGCGGCUGAAUCCCGCUACCACCGGCGUCUGGCGCGAAUGCGCGCAAAACAGCGUCAUAACACAAGGCCACGCCGCACUCCCGGUGCACGUGAAAGCGGGCACGAAGGUCUUCGGCAGCCUCGCGAACGCGUAUCGCAACCCGGCCGACUUCCCCGACCCGUUGACGGUCAACAUCGCCCGCCCCGCCGCGGCGUACGCCUUCUCCGCGUCCGAGCCAUCAGAGGACGUCGACUUCGAGCACCUCGCGGCGGCGCAGGCCCUGCGCGCGGUGUUCGCGCUCAAGCACGUGCGCCGCGCGGCGGGCAGCACGGGCCGGCUCGCGGGCUUUAAAGAGACCGCGAACGAGACGGAGAAGACGGUGUACUUGACGCCGUACGGGACGACGAGCGCGUUUCCCGGCGGGAUGCAGGUCGUGUAUGAUGCGUGA